AACGUCGCGCCGAAAGGAGCCGAAGCCGAAUGAAACGCCCAGAGGAGUCGAGUGAGUCGCCGAGGACGAGGCUGAACUGUGUUGUUGUUGUCAUUCGGGUGUCGGUGUCGGCGCCCGGCUGAGAAACAGGAGAAUAAUGAGCGGGGGGAUCGGGGCCUCAAACUCAGCUGCGGGGCCCGAGCAGCUGCUCCGCUGUCAGGAGAGUUACGCGUGCAGCGGCUCGGAGGCGGCCUUCGAGUGUGAUGAGUGCGGCAGCCUGCAGUGCGCCGUGUGUGAGCGGGAGCUGCACAGCCAGCCCCGACUCCGGGACCAUGAGAGGAGCCGCCUGAGACCCGGGCACCUCCCGUACUGUGACCAGUGCAACGGCAACAAGCCGAGCGGGGGCCGGCGCCGGGCCUGCUGCCGCUGCCUGGCCUGCAAGGUCAACGUGUGCGCCGAGUGCCACCGCCGGGGCCACUCGAACCGCCGCAAGCACCCGGUCAGUAACUACCCGCAGCUGGAGGCCGAGGCCGAGGCCGGGCCUGGGGAGGACCACAAACAGCAGGCAGAACUUGACAGGCUGAGGAGCCAGACCGCCAGCAGCUUCCUUCUGGUGGAUGAGCAGGAACAGAUCCAGGUGGCAGAUGAAGAGGAAUUCAUUCAGAAACUCGGCUGCAAAGCAGAUGAAAACCUCAAAGUAGUUUCAAUCUUUGGCAACACAGGUGAUGGCAAAUCUCAUACCCUUAAUCAUACCUUUUUCUACGGGCAUGAAGUUUUCAAGACCUCCCCUGCUCAGGAAUCCUGCACAGUUGGUGUGUGGGCAGCUUAUGAUCAUGUUCAUCAUAUUGUUGUCAUUGACACUGAAGGCUUACUGGGAGCAACAGUCAACCUUGGUCAAAGAACAAGAUUGCUCCUCAAAGUACUUGCAAUAUCUGAUAUAAUUAUUUACAGAACUCGUGCAGACAGAUUACACAAUGACCUCUUUAAGUUUCUCAGUGACGCAUCUGAAGCCUACCUUAAACAUUUUACAAAGGAGUUGAAAGCUACCACUGCAAGAUGUGGAUUGGAUGUUCCAUUAUCUACUCUGGGACCAUCAGUCAUAAUCUUCCAUGAGACAGUGCAUACUAAAUUAUUGGGAUCUGAUAGACCUUCAGAGAUGCCAGAAAAGCUUCUGCAGGAACGAUUUCGCAAACUUAGUCGGUUUCCAGAAGCUUUCUGUUCCAUUCAGUACAAAGGGACCAGAACAUAUAAUCCUCCAACGGACUUUUCCGGAGUGUUACGGACCAUUGAACAGCAGUUGAAUAACAACGCAACUCGAUCACCCAGACCUCCAGGAAUCAUUUUCAAGGCAUUGAAAGCUUUGAGCGAUCGUUUUAGUGGAGAAAUUGCAGAUGAUCAGAUGGCUCACAGUUGCUUCUUCCCUGAUGAAUAUUUCACUUGUUCUUGCACAUGUCUCAGCUGUGGGAUUGGAUGCAAGAACAGUAUGAAUCAUGCAAAAGAUGGCAUUCCUCAUGAAUCUGAAAGCCGCUGCAGUUACUCUCACCAGUAUGAUAACAGAGUGUACACCUGCAAGUCCUGUUAUGAGCAUGGAAAAGAAGUGAUUGUCGUGCCGAAAACAUCUGCUUCCACGGACUCACCAUGGUUGGGUCUUGCCAUAUAUGCUUGGUCAGGGUAUGUGAUUGAGUGCCCAAAUUGUGGCAUUAUUUAUCGUAGUCGGCAAUACUGGUUCGGUAACCAGGAUCCAGUGGACACUGUGGUGCGAACAGAAAUUGAACAUGUUUGGCUUGGAAGUGAUGGAUUUCUAAAGGACAAUAACAAUGCUGCGCAGCGAUUGCUGGAUGGCAUGAAUUUGAUGGCACAGUCAGUUUCAGAAUUUGGUGCAAAACCAACCAAAGCAGUGACAGCCUGGCUGACAGACCAGAUUGCACCAGCCUACUGGAGACCAAACUCUCAGAUUAUUAACUGUUAUAAAUGCAAUAAACCUUUUGAAGAUCAGGAAACGAAGCAUCACUGCAGAGCUUGUGGUGAAGGCUUUUGUGAUGGUUGCUCAUCAAAAUCUAAGCCUGUUCCAGAACGUGGUUGGGGUUCAGCACCUGUCCGAGUUUGUGAUGGAUGCUAUGAAGCUGCAGUAAUCAGAACAGAUGCUGCUUGACCCUGCUGAGUAUUUCUAGCAUUUUUGUUUAUGUGCUUGUUCAAAGACCCAGAAUGAGCACAGGCCUCCUCCAGCAUGGUAAGUUUUUAAGUCUUUUUUAAAUGGAGACCAGACUCCUUCCCAAAGGGGCAAAAGACAGACUAAAUCACUGAACCACCACACAAUCUUUUUUGAAACUUCUUAAGAGGGGCUGAUGUGUUGAGAAAAUAUGAGCUUGCCAUUCCUCGAGCUGCAGUAUGUAUAUUUUUGAGAAACUAAGGAAUUGGGAGGUCGGGAGAAUAGGAAUAAUUCCCAUUCAGAAGUGAAGAUCAUUAUUUUAACCAAGCUGAUGUUUCUGUUCGUCUUUCCUGAUCUGAAAGUAAUUUGGAGCAGGGCAAGAAAAAUCGGCAGCAGUCACAUAGAUAGAGAUACAUGAAUACACGUAGUAGCAAUUUCGCAAACAGACAGAAAUCGCUGGAGAAACUCAGCAGGUCUGGCAGCAUCUGUGCAAAAAAAGCAGGGUGACCGAUUUAAAUCUAGUUACCCUCCAGAACUGAUAUUAGCUAGGAAAGGAUAGUAUUUAUGCUAAAGACAAAUAAUGGAGAAGGUGAAAAGGAGUGAGCAGAUAGGCAGAGAUAGAGAACAACAGGGAGACAAAGAGUUGGAUGAUAAUAUCCAGGAAGAAAGAAAAGCUAAUAAUGGGAGCCAUAAAUAGGUGAAAAUGGGUUAACUGUGCUGAAAGCAGCCCAGGACAUACCAGCACCAGGGUGUGGGAAGGGGUAAAGGACGUAGGAAGUGGUGAUCUGGCUCUAAAUUGAUUGAACUUAACAUUCAGUCCUGAAGGCUGCAGGGUCUCCAAGUGGAAAGUGAGGUGCUGUUCUUCCAGCUUAGACUAAUCCUCACUGGAGCACUGCAGAAUCAGACAUUUCAUGAACCUGAUUUUAGUGUCGCUGAGGCUGGAGGUUGAAUAUUCAUGACAUUUCAGAAGAAUGGAAUGGAAAGGAAGGUGAAGCAGGUAGAGUAGCUCUGCUUAUACAGAAUGAGAUCUGUACAAUCGUGAGAAAUUAUCUUGGUUCAGGAGAUCAAUAUGUGCAGUCAGUUUAUGUGGAGUUGAAAUAUAGGGAAGGAAAGAAAUCAGUAAUUGGAGUAGUUUUAUAGGUCGCUAAGAGUAUCUACAUAGUAGGAUAGAAUGUAUAUCAAGAAAUAGAGCUAGCAAGAAAGGUACUGCAAUAAUCAUGGAUGAAUUAAAGAUUAAUAUCAAUUGGACAAAUCAAAUUGGCACAGCACUCUAGAAAUAUACUUACAACGGUAUUUGGCACAAUUUCUAAGUACAAUGUGUUCUGAAGCUUAGUAGGAAUGGGCCUAUAGCGUGGGUUUCCUCCGGAUGCUCCGGUUUCCUCCGACAGUCCAGAGAUGUGCAGGUUAGAUAAACUGGCCAU